UUUGGAGAACCGUCGGCGUCGACAAGCAUUUCGACAUCAUUACGUGGCACGUUUACAAUACUAUGUGGCAGCCAGUUAUUCGCUGAGCACGUCUGGACAUUUCGCAAAGCUUUCUCUUCCUAAGCAUCUUUUUUUUUUCAUUCUCCGAAUUGCUGGAUGCGAGCACCUACUGCGUUCGACAGGACCACAUAGCACCCCUAAAGAUUGUUCGUGGGAGAGUAGGGGAGGGGCUUCAAGGCAUCCGAUAAGGAACUACGUUCAGUUUGAAAGGGUAGGGAGCGAAAUGAAUGAAGAAAUAUAGCCAACAUUUUACCCGUUGUCUGUUAAAGUAUAUGAAUGCUUGGACGAUUCUCGCAGUGCGUCGCAGCUUCUGUCCGUCGCCGAAGACCGAGAUUAGCAAGUGAUGCGAUCUGAGAUUUGCUGACAUCCCCCUCAGCGGCGAUUGGUGUGUGAGUCCAGCAUGACUGCCCUAAGGCAGAGGAAGGGCAGCAAAGGGAAGGAAUCGGGCCCUGACAUUCAGCACCUGAAUCCAGAUUCAUCUGCAGUACCUCCUCAUAGGACCAGCCCAGAUGUUUGGACAGGCUGGACAAUACUUUGUGGCACAUUUGGGGCCCUUGUUGGGGUGUGCCUUGGCCUUGCCUGUUGUAUCUAUGUGGCGACGUUGCACGAAAAUGACCUGUGGUUUUCCAACAUUAAGGAGGUCGAGCGUGAAAUCUCUUUUCGGACUGAAUGUGGCCUGUACUACUCCUACUACAAACAGAUGUUGAAGGCCCCCACCAUUCAGCAAGGCCUCGUCGAGCUCAUCAAUGACAACAUGACAGAAUCCAAGAGAACCAUUAACCUCUUGCAGCGCAUGAACAUCUACCAGGAAGUCUUCCUGGGCAUCCUCUACAGAGUCCUGCCCAUUCAGACGUACCUGGAGCCCGUGUAUUUCUACAUCUACACGGUGUUCUCUCUCCAAGCCGUGUACGUCAUCGCCCUCUACAUCACCAGCUGGCUGCUCAGCGGCUCCUGGCUGGCGGGGGUCCUGACAGGGGUCUGGUACAUCCUCAACAGAGUGGACACCACACGCGUGGAAUUCACCAUCUCGCUCAGGGAGAACUGGUCAUUGCCAUUUUUCGCUCUGCAGGUGGCGGCCAUCACUUGCUAUUUGCGGCCUCAGCUGAAGCCUGUUCACCAGAGGGUGGUGCUCUGGCUGGUCUUUGUUUCCACCUUCUGUUUCUGCCUCACCUGGCAGUUCAACCAGUUCAUCCUCUUCGUCCAGGCCCUCAUCUUCUUCACUAUGGACGCCCUGGACUUCCUCAGCCCUGAGCAGGUGACCUCUCUGUACCUGGUGCAGGCGAUGAGCCUGCUGUCGGUGUGGCUGCUGCAGUUCUGCAACUCUAUGAUCCUCGGCUCCCUGGCCCUCAGCUUUGUGGUGGCGGCCCUUUUCGUCAGACACUUCCAGAGGGGGCUGAAGUCCGGGGGGCUGCUGUCGCGCGUGGUGAAGCUGCUCCUGCACACCUUGUUGGUCCUGGCAUUAGCUCUCAGCAUUAAUUAUUUAUCCAAGAGAGCGCUGCAGCUUUGGUCUGACGAGCACAUCUUUAAGUUCAUAAAAGCAAAGUUUGGCCUUGGGGCCACCAGGGACUUUGAUGCCAGUCUGUAUCUGUGCGAGGAGGCCUUCGGGCUGCUCCCCCUGGACACCUUCGAGCGCCUGGGGGGCACGCUGAUGCUGUACCCGUACCUGUCCACCCUCAGCGUCAUGCUCAUCAUGCUGGCGCUCGUGGCCCUGGCCAACCUCAGUGACUCAGGCUGUGUUGGGGCGCGUGCGGGAGCGUCCAGAGAUGAGUCGCUGAUCCGCAUGAGGCCAGACGUCGCCUACAAUCUGCUGCACACCGUCUUCUUCGGCCUGCUGGCCUUCAGCACCAUGAGGAUGAAGUACCUGUGGACUGGACACAUGUGUGCCUUUGCCGCCUACGGUGUGUGUGGCAAGGACAUCUGGGAGCUCUAUCUGAGGGUCAUCCAUUGCAGUACCAAAGCGAAGUUAAGGCUUAUCAGAUACACGGUGCCAAUUGUAAUUCUUGCAUUCCUUUAUUACAAGUUCUGGCCCAGACUGAUGGAAGAAGUCUCUGAGCUGAGGGAGUUCUAUGACCCGGACACCGUGGAGCUUAUGGCCUGGAUAAGCUCCAAGACCCCCAAGAAGGCAGUGUUUGCAGGCAGCAUGCAGCUGCUGGCUGGGAUCAAGCUCUGCACGGGGAGAAUUCUGACCAAUCAUCCACACUACGAAGACAAGGCCCUGAGGGAGCGAACCAGACAGGUGUACCAGGUGUACGCGCGGCGCUCUCCGGAGGAGGUGCACCAGGUGUUGCGUGCGGCGGGAGCCGACUACGUGGUGCUGGAGGACAGCAUCUGCUACGAGAGGAGACACAGCCGAGGAUGCCGCCUCCGAGACCUGCUGGACCUGGCCAACGGACACGUGAUGGAUGGCGAGGGAGAGAACGACCCCGACCUGGUGGCGUCGCCCGACCCGAGGUUCUGCGACGCCGUCAAGACGGACUCUCCGCUCUACUCGUCCCUGUUCACGCGCGCCUUCAAGAACAAGACCUUCCACGUGUACCGGCUGAAGAAGGCCAAGAAGAAGAGCCGAGGGGAGGGGAAGCCAGUGGACGGGGCUGUCUAGUCAAGCCUCCAUCCUGCCCUCCCUCCACCCAUCCAUCCUGCCCCCACCCACCCCCUCCACCCACCCCCUCCACCCCCAGCCUCCAGCCUCCAGCCUCCAGUCUGCCCAGCUUGACAGGCAUCUUGAGCUCUGCUAUGUGUGAUCACACCAGAGGAAGGAAGCGGAGACAAUGAAGGGUAGUUUGAUGCGCAUACGUGUGUGUGUGUGUGUGUGUGUGUGUGUGUGUGUGUGUGUGUGUGUGUGUGUGUGUGUGUGUGUGUGUGUGUGUGUGUGUGUGUGUGUGUGUGUGUGUGUGUGUGUGUGUGUGUGUGUGUGUGUGUGUGUGUGUGUGUGUGUGUGUGUGUGUGUGUUGUGGAGGGGGAGUCCAGGAAGAGAGAUGUUGAUUGGAAAAAGCUGGCCUGAUUGAGGCAGCGAGACGGACGGGUGAGCUCGUGCAUACCAAUCCUGGGCUCAGCAGCAGCCAGCGCAGACAACAGGGAAAGUGAGGAUGAAAACGCCGCUCUGGAGAGCAAAGGCAUCAGAGCAAGUUUUUUUUUAUUAUUUUCUUUUUUGUCUUUCUUUUUAACCCGCUCCAACACAAACUGCGCACGCACACAUACGCAUGCACGCACACGCGCACACACACACACAGGCAGACAGACACACACACAGCUUUUCUUGCCUCUUUCACUGAGUUACAAAUAGAGGCAAAACGAAAGCCAGGAUGACAGUGGAUAAAACGGGGGAGCCUUUGAUAUGGGAGCGAUCCGGAAAGAGCCGGAGUGGUUUGGGCAAUUGAGAGGAGUCCAGGCUCCAUCACAGCCCAGCUGCCAGUGCCAAACUCAGACACACUGUCAUGUCUUCAUCUGACUCAGAGAAGCUUUUUCCUUUUUAAUAACCACACUCAGCAGUUGUACGCUGCCAGGGAACACACACACACACGAAAAAGCAAACAAACAAUUUGUGUGAAUGCGAUAAGUGCCAUACACUCGCAAAUGCAGUAAGGAGCUUGAUGGUCUUAUCACUGUGAAUAUCAUUUUUGUCUAUUAACAACUUUAAUUGAAGGUACAAUUUAGUCUUUUUUACAUUUACCUCUACGGUACUGAUAAGAUGUUUGUCUAAAAUCUUUGUUUAUAUGCCCCGUGAUAAUGGUAUUAAUAGAAGCGUUUCAUCUAGCUUAUUAAACCCCUGAGAUUGGCCAGCCUAUUAUUCUAACCUUGCGUACACAACAAAAAGAUUGCGCUCGAGAGGCGCUGAACAAAUGAGUGUGUGAUCUCUGCAUCCUCACGUGGUAAAUUACGCCUUAAUUAGGGGGAAGCUUGGAUGCCUGCGCCAUUAUUGUCAUCUAACCUCUGUGCGUUAGCCCCAUUUAGUAAAGCACCCUCAAUUAGUACGCUGAAUGUUUAUGAAUAUUUUCAAAGCUUUUUUAAGUGUUUUUUUUUAUUAUUAUUUGAAUGAGCUGCUGACUUGCAAUGCUUUCUACAGGGUCUCACUUAGUGUUUGAUGUUUUGUUCUUUAGUGUGUAUCCAGAUCAAGUAAAGUGGCAUGGUCCUAUUUGUAUUUUCACUGGUAAUUUAUGAUUCAGAAGGCUGACUUCAUGUACAGUAAGUGCCUUGCUGUUACUCUCCAUAACAAUGUUAAUGAUAUGUAUGGUUUCAAGCCAGAUGGUUAACAUUUGAGCUGCACUUUGUCUCGUAUUGUUCAAACUUCCUCUUCACUGUAUUUGUGCGCGUGCUGUGCUGUGCUGUGCGGUGCGGUGCUGUGAGCAAAGGGGGGAGCUCGACUCUGCAGAGCUCAGACUGGACCGACUCCAGCCCUCCAGCUCUCAUCGGCUCCAUCGGCUCCAUCGCCAGGGUGAGAAGAGGCGAGAGAGGGCUGUGUGAGCAUGCUGAGAGCACUAUCCCACUCGCUCCCUACUCCAGCGUUGAGUUCUCAAAGCUCCCAGUGUGGCGUUAAGAGGGCACCUUGCACUCAAAUAAGUGCGCGGCUCUUGGCACUGGGUUAACAUGUCGGGGGCAGUGCCAAGUGGACAGCUGAGAACUGCUUCCGGUGGUAUUCCAUCUAUGUCUUGUGCCAAAUCUUCUACUUCACAUCAGAUACCAGUCUAUUUUAAAACACAUGAACUAAUCAUGGCAAUUCAGAAGGAAAAUGGCUUCCUUCCGGAUGCACUUACAGUAUGUUUGUCAGUAUUGUCUACUUGCAUAGUGAACGUAGGAUCUGCUGGCUGUAUGAAAUUGCACUAGAGUCAUAUUGUGGUGUUGAGAGUGACAAAGCUCAUGCUGUUUACAUUUCUUCAGAAAACAUUAUGUUUGUCAUGAGAGCCAUUUCCAUGAAGCAGUGUGCAAACGUGUUUUGUGUUUUUGUAAUAAAAUUGAUUUACAUA